GUGUUGGCCAAACGGUGGAUUUCCGAAUGCUGUCAACACCACGCCUCAUGCCGCGAUGCGGUUGGAACGUCUCGGUUUAGGCCAACCCGACUUGUAGAUGUCGGGCCGCCGGAUGGAAGUCAACAGCUCCGGCUCAGUCUAAAGACGGGCGACGAUUCCGCAGUUCAAUAUCUCGCUCUUAGUUACUGUUGGGGCACCUCGAACGUCUACAAAUUAACAUCAAACACGGCCGGUGAGAUGUCGCGGGGCUUUCCUGCGUCUAAGCUCCCACAGACGCUUCAAGAUGCUGUCAACGCAUGCCGAAAGCUUAAGCAGCGCUAUAUCUGGAUCGACUCUCUGUGCAUCUUUCAAGACUCCGAGGUUGACUGGAGGCAGGAGGCGGCGCAGAUGGGUCUUGUUUAUACCCACGCUCUUUGUACCAUCGCUGCGGUCUGUGCAAGAGAUAGUUCAGAGGGCUUCUUUUCGCGGCGCAAUCCGCGGGUGAGACAACCCUGCAGCUUCCCGACCAAAAUCAAAAUAUCUACUUGUCGAUUGUUCAGUCGGCUGCAUUAUCACAAAAUACAACCGAAACAACCUCUGUACAGCCGCGCGUGGGUUCUACAAGAGCGUGUGUUGAGCCCAAGAAUUCUCAAAUUCGGACUAGAAGCCGUAUCCUGGGAAUGUUCGGAGUCCUUGCUCUACGAAGCCAAGCAGACA